AAAAAUGCUUCAUUGGACUUGAAGAGUUGACAUAAUGAAGGAGAGACAAACAUAGGACACACAGCAUUUCUCACUACAAGAUUUGCAACUGCGAUAGCGUUUAACAGAGGAACAUAAUGCACAUCCAAAGCCGAUUCUAACGAGACAUUCUGGAAAGCUUCAUCUGUGAGACAGCCAAGUGAUCUGUGGAACUUCCCAUCUCAGAGGACAGGCAUACUGUGUCAAAAAUGUACUGUGAACUAAUCUCAGUGGCAAUAUUGGCCACGUUCCUUCAUCUAGGCAAUACUUACAGCUUCAGGAACUGCAUCGAAACUGCUAACUCAAACCACACAAUCUUCAAAUGCGCAAACCACCAAGAAAAGUCAGUUAAGGAAAUAGUGGAUGAUGUGCUACUCUCAGCAACUAAUGUAACAAUCAAUUUCUGCACACUCUCACACAUUCCUUCAGGAAGUUUCAGUAACCUGCCAAUGCUUGAAGUUCUGACACUAAACCAUAACUCUGUAGGGACCAUCAGCAAGGACGCCUUUGUUAAUCUGACGUACCUUCGAACCUUGAACUUGUCUAGCAAUGCCAUAUCCUAUUUCAGUCCUUAUCUCUUCCGUGGUCUCCAUAACCUCACUGAAUUGUUUCUCGCUGACAACAGACUCGCAAAUCUCUCUCAGGACUUCUUUUCUGAUUUGACCAAUUUAAACACUCUGGACCUACAUAGGAACCGGCUAGUCAACUUCUCAGCAGUGGUGCAAUCCAUAAGUAAAUUGUCAGCGCUGAGGAAACUGGACCUUUCCUUCAACAAUCUAAUCAAUUUGAAUCACUCGGCCAGUCUUCCACAGUCACUUGCUAUCCUUUAUAUUGGUAACAAUAAACUGAUGACACUGGGAAGCAGCAAGGAGUUUCUAAGUAGUGUUAAAGUGUUGGAUCUCUCCUAUAACAAGUUCCUUCCAACCAGCGCUUUCAAUGAUCUGAACCUGGGCAGCAUCACGUACCUGCGCUUGAGGUCCACAAAUGUCUCUGUGAUAAAACUCCUCAACAGCACACGGAUAAACGUGCCGCCCUGGCACAUAGAUUUCUCUGGUUUUGGAUUAAAAACCCCCCAAUCACUUUGUAAACAACUGUCUCAUUAUCCAAUGAAACAUAUGAAACAAAUGGACCUUCAGAGCAAUUCUAUACAAAUAUUGAGCAGUAGUGCAUUUUCCUCUUGCCCACAUAUUACCGAUCUCUUGGACCUCUCACAUAAUGACAUGAAGAGCGUUAGUUGUUUAGAGUUUCUCACAGGACAGAAACAUUUAGAGAAGCUCAGAGUUGAAAAUAACCAUCUUACCAAACUAAUAACCUGCAACAUCACAAAGAACCUGAGUUUUCCCAGCCUAAGAGAGCUGAGUUAUCGCUAUAAUCGCAUUCUAGAAGUCAAUGCCUUUGCUUUCAGUCACGUGCCCAAACUAACAAAGCUUCAGCUCAACAUAAACAUAAUUGCCUAUUUGGAUCGAAAAGCACUGAGUGGACUCAGAGACCUUGUUUUUCUCCGCUUGGACAACAAUCUCCUGAGCGAUAUCUAUGCAGAGAGCUUUGAAGACCUUCACAGCCUUAAGAAGCUCAUCAUGCGCAAUAAUCAGAUUGCUGUCAUCUUCAGAAACACCUUCCUCUCUCUCAGAAAUCUGAACAUUUUAGAUUUAGGUGGGAACAAGAUAACACACUUUCAGGACAAAGCAUUUAAUGGGCUAGACAGCUUGACCAAUCUUUACUUAGACCGCAACCGUCUCAAAGAAAUCGACAGUCAACAGCUUGGAAAGUUUUCUGGCACACUAGAAGUGCUAGAUCUACAAGGUAAUUACAUCCGCUUUUCCAAACUAGAGAGGCUCUCUCCAUUUGAAAACUUAACAAAGCUUAUCGACCUUAAAUUAGAUGGACAGCUGCCAUAUGGCAUAAACGUAUUACCUCAGGCAUUUUUCAGAGGCCUUACCUCCCUGAAAAGUCUAUACCUUAAAAACAACUAUAUUGCAUAUUUCAGUAGUGACAUAUUUGACGAUCUUAAAAACUUAACACUGCUAACACUAACUAACUCAGGUGUUGGUGUGACAAAGCUCAUGCCAGGUAUUUUCAAAAACCUCCGCAAGUUGGAGAUGCUACUUGUUGAGAACAUGGGCAUUGAGUCCUUCUCAAAAGAGGUAUUCGGUAAUCUCAUGGGUUUAAAAGUACUGGAUCUCAACCACAAUGCUCUGCAGACUCUGGAUGUGGAGCUGCUAGAAAAUCUUACGAACCUGCAGUACCUAGAUUUGCGAAAUUCUCCUCUGAGUUGCAACUGUGACAACCAAGAUCUCCAAAACUGGACAACCAACAACCAGAGAGUCCAGCUUGUGCAACUUUACAGUUUGACCUGCCAGGAUAUCAACGGAUCAUACUUUUACAACUUUGACAUCAAUGUCUGUUAUGUCAAACUUGAAUUGUACUUUUUUGCCUCAACCUACACAGUAACCAUUCUACUAACACUAAUUCCGCUGCUUUAUGUCAAGCUUUACUGGAAACUCAAAUACAGCUACUAUGUCUUCCGCUCGUGGUUUGGUGAGCAGUGGCGUCGUCUCCGGGAACAGGAAGAGAAAUGCAUAUAUGACGCUUUCAUUUCUUAUAACUCUGCGGAUGAGAAAUGGGUGAUGGAGCAGCUUCUCCCAAAUCUGGAAGGUAAUGGGUCCGUAUUCCGACUCUGCCUUCACCACCGAGAUUUUGAGCCGGGCCGCAACAUAGUGGACAACAUCGUGGCAGCUGUUUAUAACAGCCGAAAGACAGUGUGUGUCGUCAGCCAAAAUUUCCUUCGCAGUGAAUGGUGUUCCUUGGAGAUCCAAAUGGCCAGUUACCGCCUCUUUCAUGAAAUGCAGGACGUGCUCUUACUUGUCUUUUUGGAGUCCAUCCCAGAGCGGCAACUCUCCACAUUUCACCGUAUGAGGAAAGUUAUGUUGAAGAAGACCUACCUACAGUGGCCAGGGCCAGACUGCACAGAUCCAAUCAAAGCGCAGGGGCUGUUCUGGAAGCAGCUCAAGAGGGCGUUAACGAGCAGCAACAGCACAAGCCAAGAAAAAGAAUGGAUGGAGGCUGAUGUGCAGAGGAGAGAGCAGAGGGAUGUAGCAAGUAUGGAGGAAGGAGAAUAUCUUGUGAACCAGCCACAAAUGGAUGAAGAGGCCUGUUAUCUGAUGCCAUGACAUCAAAUACAUAGGGCCCGAAAGACAUUUGCACAAAAGACAUACUUCAAAUGUAUUAAGUUCACUGAGUAAGAAAAACAAUAUAUCAAAUGUUUUCAUGUAAGCAAAGUAUUCUUACAAAAGGCGCGAGGUCAGUUUCAGAUUGUUAUCAUUUGAGCAGUUUCUUUGCAGACUGUGAGCUUAUGAUCCCAUCAAGGAGUACAAGCUGAGGGACACCACUGUAAGAAAAACUGUGCUUUACAGCAGCAUGAGUGCAAUAUGUACAUUCUUGUCUAGUCUGUUAUCUAUUCCUAAAUAAUGAGAACACAUCAAGUUAUGUUUAAUAAGACUGCAAAAGAACAUAAAGGACAGUUCAAAUUUAUUUAUGACUGUAUAGAGAGAACACUGCUCAUAAGUCUGCUUGCAUUUUGAGCUUUGUUAACAACGAGCUGUUAAAAAAAAAGAAAACAAAUUGUGUAAAAUUACACCAAUGAAGACAAAUAAAAACCUACAAUAUUUUGCAGGAAACU